AUGGCAUCAAGAUCGCAUGCUAAUCUACAAGACUUAGCUGGAGGUUUACUCGAUGUUCCUCACACACCAAGAACUAUUCCAAGGAUUAUGACUGUUCCUGGAUUUAUUUCUGACCUAGAUGUUUCUGGUAGAUAUGAUGGGGAUUCGGAUGUUAGUCCUUCUGGUUACCGGGAGCGGAAAAUCCUUGUGGCAAAUAUGUUACCAUUGCAGGCUAAGAGAGAUUCAGACACUGGUAAAUGGUGUUUCAGUUUGGAUGAGGAUUCAAUUCUGUUGCAAUCAAAAGAUGGGUUUUCUUCUGACACUGAGGUGAUCUAUGUGGGAUCCCUCAAGGCUGAAAUAGAUGCUCAUGAGCAGGAAGAAGUUGCUCAGAAAUUGCUAGAGGACUUUAAUUGCAUACCUACCUUUUUACCCGUCGAUGUCAUGAAAAACUUCUAUCUUGGCUUUUGCAAACAGCAGCUUUGGCCUAUCUUUCAUUACAUGCUACCAAUGUUCCCUGAUCAUGGUGAUAGGUUUGACCGCUCACUGUGGAAGGCUUAUGUUUCUGCAAACAAAAUAUUUGCAGACAAGGUUAUGGAAAUAAUCAAUCCUGACGAUGAUUUUGUUUGGGUUCAUGACUAUCACUUGAUGGUUUUGCCAACAUUCCUGAGAAAGCGGUUUAAUCGUGUUAAACUUGGAUUCUUUCUUCACAGCCCUUUCCCUUCAUCCGAAAUUUACCGAACUUUGCCGGUAAGGGAUGAAAUUCUUAGGGGAUUGUUGAAUUCUGAUUUAAUUGGUUUCCAUACAUUUGAUUAUGCUCGCCACUUCCUCUCUUGUUGCAAAAGAAUGCUAGGUCUUGACUACGAAUCUAAACGAGGACAUAUAGGACUUGACUACUUUGGCCGUACUGUAUUUAUCAAAAUUUUGCCUGUAGGCAUUCAUAUAGGUAGGCUUGAAUCUGUAUUGAAUCUCCAAUCUACAUCGGCUAAACUGAAAGAGAUUCAAGAAGAGUUUAAGGGUAGGAAGGUUAUUCUUGGUGUUGAUGACAUGGAUAUCUUCAAGGGCAUCAGUCUGAAGCUUCUAGCCGUUGAGCAGCUGCUGGAGCAGAAUCGAGAUUUGAAGGGCAAAUUAGUCCUAGUACAAAUUGUGAAUCCAGCUAGGAGUUCAAGCAAGGGUGUUCAGGAAGCAAAGAAGGAGACAUAUCUAAUUGCCCAGAGGAUUAAUGAUACGUAUGGGUCAAACCAUUAUCGGCCAGUUAUUCUCAUUGAUCGUCCUGUUCCUCGUUUUGAGAAGAGUGCCUAUUAUGCUGUAGCAGAAUGUUGCAUUGUCAAUGCUGUGAGGGAUGGUAUGAACUUAGUGCCAUACAAGUAUAUUGUCUGCAGACAAGGAACUGCACAGAUGGAUAAAGCUUUGAGUAGAAAAAGUGAUUCUCCCCGUACGAGCACGAUUGUUGUCUCUGAGUUCAUCGGUUGUUCUCCUUCUCUUAGUGGAGCAAUCAGGGUCAAUCCCUGGAACACAGAUGCUGUGGCUGAUGCUCUGUAUUCAGCUGUUACUAUGCAUGAUUCAGAGAAGCAAUUGAGACAUGAGAAACACUACCGGUACAUCAGUUCUCAUGAUGUGGCAUAUUGGGCUCGCAGCUUUAUGCAGGAUUUGGAGAGAGCAUGCAAAGAUCAUUACACCAAAAGGUGCUGGGGAAUGGGUUUAGGCCUAGGGUUUAGAGUUAUUUCUCUUUCUCCUGGUUUUAAGAAGUUGUCUGUUGAUCAUGUUGUUUCAGCAUACAAAAGAACUGGUAGAAGAGCCAUAUUUCUUGAUUAUGAUGGCACCAUCGUAUCAAAAUCUUCUAUAAAUAAAACCCCCAGCCCUGAAGUCAUAUCCGUGCUAAAUGAAAUGUGUAACGAUCCUAAAAAUACCGUGUUCAUUGUGAGUGGAAGGGGAAGAGAUUCUUUAAGUGAAUGGUUUACUUCAUGCAAAAUGAUUGGACUUGCAGCCGAACAUGGAUACUUUGUAAGGCGGAAUAAAGAUUCUGAAUGGGAAGCUAGUCAUUUGUCUCCUAAUCUUGAUUGGAAGAAGAUUGUGGAACCUGUCAUGCAAUUGUAUACGGAGGCAACUGAUGGAUCUAAUAUUGAAACUAAGGAAAGUGCUUUGGUGUGGCAUCAUCAAGAUGCGGACCCUGAUUUUGGCUCUUGCCAGGCCAAAGAAUUGUUAAAUCAUCUGGAAAGUGUCCUUGCCAAUGAACCUGCAAUUGUCACCAGGGGCCAGCAUAUAGUUGAAGUCAAGCCACAGGGGUUAAACAAGGGCCUGGUAGCUGAAAAGGUUCUUUCCACUAUGAUUAAUGUUGGUAAUCCGCCAGAUUUUGUGGUGUGCGUGGGAGACGACAUUUCUGAUGAAGACAUGUUUGAGAGCAUAAUACGGACAGUUUCAUGCCCAUCAUUGACAUUCGUUCCAGAGAUCUUUGCCUGCACUGUUGGUCAGAAACCCAGCAAGGCCAAAUAUUAUCUUGAUGAUUCUGCAGAGGUCAUGAAGUUGCUUCAAGGCCUUGGUGCUUCAUCUAAACCAAAGCCCAGGCCUGUAGCACAUAGCCAAGUUUCCUUUGAGAGCACCGUUUGA